CACCGAGCGGAGGAUUCCUGCAGGUAGUUGGAAAGAGACCACAGACAUUGAGGGAAGCUUACUCAGGACCUUUUCCUCACCCAGUCUCUCCGGCCAAGUAGUAAGUGAAGUGUGCUGAAAGCCUGAGGAUGAGCUACUUUGUGGAUUCCACAGCCAGUGGCCCUGCCCCUUAUUCAGCAGUGCGUCCUGCGGUGGCGAGGCAGGGACCCAUCAACUCCUACGAAGAUCCUCGAAUGGCCUGUGGUUUCCAGUCCAGUUAUCACCCGCAAAGAGCUUACUACCCCUUCUGGGAUGAGAUGGCCACUCAGGAAGUUCCCACUGGUCUGGAACACUGUGGCUCAGAUAUGGAAUGUGCUGAUGUCCCACUGUUAACUCCAAGCAGUAAAGAAAUGAUGUCUCAAGCGUUGAAAGCUACUUUCAGUGGUUUCUCUAAAGAACAGCAACGACUGGGAAUUCCCAAAGACCCCCGGCAGUGGACAGAAACCCAUGUGCGGGACUGGGUGAUGUGGGCUGUGAAUGAGUUCAGCCUGAAAGGUGUGGACUUCCAGAAGUUCUGUAUGAAUGGAGCAGCUCUCUGUGCGCUAGGGAAAGACUGCUUUCUCGAGCUGGCCCCGGACUUCGUCGGGGACAUUCUGUGGGAACAUCUCGAGAUCCUGCAGAAAGAGGAUGUGAAACCAUAUCAAGUUAAUGGAGUGAACCCUACCUAUCCAGAAUCCCGCUAUACCUCGGAUUACUUCAUUAGUUAUGGUAUCGAGCAUGCUCAGUGCGUUCCUCCCUCGGAGUUCUCAGAGCCUAGCUUCAUUACAGAGUCCUACCAGACUCUCCAUCCCAUCAGCUCAGAGGAACUCCUCUCCCUCAAGUAUGAGAACGACUACCCCUCGGUCAUUCUCCGGGACCCUCUGCAGACAGACACUUUGCAGACAGACUACUUCGCCAUCAAACAAGAAGUUGUAACCCCAGACAACAUGUGCAUGGGGAGGACCAGUCGUGGUAAGCUCGGAGGCCAGGACUCUUUUGAGAGCGUGGAGAGCUACGACAGUUGUGACCGCCUCACCCAGUCCUGGAGCAGCCAGUCCUCUUUCAACAGCCUGCAGCGCGUCCCCUCCUAUGACAGCUUCGACUCAGAGGACUAUCCAGCCGCCCUGCCCAACCACAAGCCCAAGGGCACCUUCAAGGACUAUGUGCGUGACCGUGCUGACCUCAACAAGGACAAGCCUGUCAUUCCUGCUGCCGCCCUGGCGGGCUACACAGGCAGUGGACCAAUCCAGCUGUGGCAGUUUCUUCUGGAAUUACUCACUGAUAAAUCCUGUCAGUCUUUUAUCAGCUGGACCGGAGAUGGCUGGGAAUUCAAGCUUUCUGAUCCAGAUGAGGUGGCCAGGAGAUGGGGAAAAAGGAAAAACAAACCUAAGAUGAAUUAUGAGAAACUGAGCCGCGGCCUCCGCUACUAUUAUGACAAAAACAUCAUCCACAAGACGGCGGGCAAACGCUAUGUGUACCGCUUCGUGUGUGAUUUGCAGAGCCUCCUCGGGUACACGCCCGAGGAACUCCACGCCAUGCUGGACGUCAAGCCCGAUGCCGACGAGUGACGGACACCAAAGGGGUCGGGGCACCUCUGCUGAGACAUUUCGAAGAACAACCACGUCGGUCGGACUCUUAAUUUUUAAUUGUUAUUCUAUUUUUAAUUUUCCAGAACUCAUUUUUUUACAUUCAGGGGUGGGCGCUAAGUGGGCUGCAGCUAUAAUCAAUUGUGCGCAGUUGGAAAAGGACGGCCAGGACUUGAGGGGUGGGGGGGGACAAGAAAUUCUUGAGCAAAUUUUCAGGACAGAGAGAAGGGUCUUCUUAAGAAGCUUGAAGAAUCUGGCUUAAGGGAGGAGACUAAUGUGUCCCAUUACUUUUAAAACUCAUCCGUGAAAACAAUGCGUCUCGAGUGGUGGACCUAUUAGCAAAAGAAGUUGACACGUCAGGAGUCAUGAGACCCAUGAGAGACAAUUUAUUUGCUUUUGUUUUUAGGUCUGGGAGGGCAAAAAAGAGGGAGGUGGGAUAAAACAUUUUGUUUGGGGGAUGCACUAAAAACCAAGGACUAUUUACCUUUUACUCUACUUUCAAAACAAAGAUAGACUUCAGUGGGGAGGGGCCAAAACUGUUUUUGUGUUAAAAUUUUAUUUUAUUAAAUUUUGUGCCAGUAUUUUUUUUCUUAAAAAAUCGUCUUAAGCUCUAAGGUGGUCUCAGUAUUGCGGUUUCAUGCGAGUUUGUUUUUAUUUGCCGACUGAGGAUUCUGUCACAGUGAAAGGAAACUGUUUAUAUAGACCCCACUGGAAACGCAAAGUGCUGUCACUCAGAUCGGGGAUCCCAAAUUCAUGUGACUUCUAUAUGAAGGAAAAAGAAACAAUGCUGAUUUGGGUACAAGGGACCUGUGCAUGUGAAUUUCAUCUGUAUUUUAAAAACUGAUCACACCCCUCUACUUACUUGUCAUUAGUGGAUUCUCGGGGUUUGGGCUUAACGUUGAGUUAAGAAGCAUUAAGUCUUUGAACUGAAUGUAUUUUGCCACCCUGGUUUUGGACCCCAGUAAAUGUAGGAGCACUGUUGAAGUCAUAGAAUGGA